UAACAUAAUUUUGACAGACAUUCUUUUCCGGCACCAUAACCUUAUUUGUCCAUUUGAGUAAAAAAAAAUCGAUUAGAAUAUCACAAAAAUGUCCACAAAAGCAAGCAUUAAACACGAUUCUGAUAUUAAUAUAACUCAAGAAGACCAACAAAAAAUCAACAAAUUUGCUAGGUUAAACGCACGAUGGGAGGAUCUAAAAGAAGAAAUGAAACAAAAAGAGAAUGAUAUUAAAAACUUAGAAGAUGCUUGUGAAGAAUUGAUGUUAUUAGAUGAUGAUGAAAACAUUCCUUAUUUAACUGGGGAAGUUUUUAUUUAUCAAAAUAAGGAAGCUACAGAGGAAAGUCUUGAAGAAGCCAAACAGAAAAAGCAAGAAGAUAUCAAUAAAUUAAAAGAGAAUUUGGGCAAACUCGAAGAAACCAUGAACGAUUUAAAACUAACUUUGUAUGCUAAAUUUGGAGGAGCUAUUAAUUUAGAAGCAGAAUCAUAAAAAUCAAAAAUUUAAUCAUAAAAUUGUGAAUGAAGUUCGGGUAAUUUUUAUUUAAUAUCAAUUUAAUCAUUUU